GCCAGCCGAGGGCGAGAAAGCAACGGCUACAACAGCCGCCAUGUCGGUUCUCGGCUGCAAAGACGUCAUGGCCGUCGUUUGCAGCUACCAAGGCGGUCUAUUCUACGACAUGCUGGCCAUUUACCACCACAUGGUCCCGUAUGAGCUCAAGAAGUACACGUUGCAGUACUGCCCUGACGAUGUCCAAGAGCUCUUGGUCCGGUACCCGCCGUCUCGCCUACUUUUGUUGUCCGAGUGCAUGCCGUACAUGCAAAACGUACUCUUCUUGUUGGCCGCCCAGUUGGGAAACCUCAACCUCCUGAGGGCUCUGGAGGCUCGGUACACAUUGCAGGCCACCCCCGGCAACCUCCUCGAUUUGGCGGCGCAGAAUGGCCACUAUGACGUGUUAACGUACUUGCACUAUCACGCCCCAACAGUUGGCUGCACCACCGCGGCGAUGGAUAUCGCAGCGUCGAAUGGAUACCUCGACAUUGUCAAGUUUCUCCAUACCAAUCGACGCGAAGGCUGCACGACGAUGGCGCUGGACUAUGCGGCAGAACGGGGGCACCUGGAAGUUGUUCGCUUCCUUAACAGAAAUCGACAUGAAGGCGGCGAGCAUGCCAUGCACUAUGCUGCUACAAACGGCCACGUGGACGUGUUUUUAUAUCUGUCCAACGCAACGCGCGGCCUGCUGACGUUUGGCGCGUGCAAUGGAUGCUUGCCCCGGCGAAGAUGAUUAACGAGUGGAGGUUCCUGCAAGAGAGCUUUCGUUGGUAUAGCAGAAGCAGCAAAAGUGAACAGGAGCUUUCACUCAUGGCUGAAGUGCUUGCUAUCGUUCCUGUCGUCAGG